UUCAUUCACAUAAACUCUCAUCUCAAAAUCUCAUCUUCUCCAAAACAAAAAAAAAAUGUCUCUCACUUUCUCUCUCCUAAAACCUCCACUCUCAACCCCAUUCAUCCAUGGCAGUUCCACCUCAAAAUUCUCUCUCCUCCCUUCAUUUUCAACCCUCUCUCUCUCCUCCACACCACCUCCAUCAACAACCACAUCUUUCCCAAUAAUCAAAGCUAUGAGAUCAAUGCAAGGUAGAGUUAUUUGCGCAACUAAUGAUAAAACUGUGAAUGUUGAAGUUGUUCGUUUGGCCCCACACCCGAAAUACAAACGUAGAGUAAGGAAGAAGAAGAAGUACCAGGCCCAUGACCCGGAUAACCAGUUUAAAGUGGGUGAUUUGGUCCAGCUUGAAAAAUGUAGGCCCAUUAGUAAAACUAAGACUUUUCUUGCUGUUAUUCCUCAAGGUAGAAAGGAUAAUUCUACUAAAGAAGGUGUUGAAUCUGAACUUGGAAUUCCUCUUCAAUCUCAACAACAAGAGGAUAAGAGUGUUUGAGUUGGGUUUUUUAAAAAUUGGGGGGAAGUGGGAUGUUUGUUAGGUGUUUGAUGAAAUGCUUGACUGAAAAUUUGUAUGUUGUUUGUUCUAUCUGAAUUAAUGCAAGAGUUUGUUAUAUUUUUUUA